ACGAGAUAUUGGUCCGGUUCAAUCAGAAAGCCAAUCUCCCCUCGGUAAUGGGGGAUUGCUAUUCGAUUGAGCCGCGUCAAUAUCCCAUUCGUUCGAUCUUCCCUCCUUGUUGGGGAUCCACACUGGCUCUAGCACUAGCUCAUCAUCAUAAUUUCUCAUAUAUGUCAUGAUGCUUGGAUGUGGGUUCAUAACUAAAUGAGUACAGUAAGGUUUAUUAAUGGAGCCAGAGGCAGCAAAAUCGCAGCAGCCAUAUGAAGAUUUUACCAUUAUUGUCACAAUUGUCAUGGUUAGUAGA